AGGAAGCACCACUUCCUGUGUAGAUAUGCAUUGUUGAAUAUUGGAUCUGUAAUUUUGUUAAGCAGGAAAAAAACAUCGUGAUGUAUUUGCAUGACAGGGAAACUUUUAUAUUUUCAGAUUCCUAGGACGAAUAUUUUAGAGAAAUGGCCAUACCAAUGGAAACCCAGCUCCAAAGCAUUUUUGAAGACGUUGUGAAAACGGAGUUCAUAGAAGAAGCAUUUGCUGGUAUGUUUAUGGACAAUCCAGAAGAUGAGCAAACAAAGCUGGUCAGCUGUCUUGGUGCCUUUCGGCAGUACUGGAGCACUCUUCCCCAGGAUUCCCACGACCAGUGUGUACAGUGGAUUGUGCGAUUCAUUCAUGGCCAGCACAGCCCCAAGAGGAUCUCGUUCCUUUAUGACUGCCUGGCCAAGGCGGUGGAGACCAGCCUUUUACCUCCAAGGAUGGUGUGUGAAGCUCUGAUAAACUCUGACAGUCUAGAAUGGGAACGCACACAACUCUGGGCCUUAACAUUCAGACUUAUUCGUAAAAUAAUUGGUGGUGUUGAUUAUAAGGGAGUGCGAGAUCUCUUAAAAGCUUUACUGGAGAAGAUCCAGUCUAUUCCCAACACUGUGAGCUCUGCAGUCGUUCAGCAGCUUUUAACAGCUCGAGAAGUUGUGGAGUACAUCUUGGAUCGAAAUGCCUGUCUGUUGCCAGCGUACUUUGCUGUUACAGAGAUCCGAAAGCUGUAUCCCGAAGGGAAGCUGUCACACUGGCUGCUGGGAAGUCUCAUAUCAGAUUUUGUUGAUAGCUUCAGAGCAACUGCAAGAAUAAACUCUAUUUGUGGAAGGUGCAGCCUGCUCCCUGUGGUGAACAACUCCGGGGCGAUCUGCAACUCCUGGAAGUUAGACCCCACGACGCUCCGAUUUCCCCUGAAAGGCCUUCUGCCCUAUGAUAAGGACCUGUUCGAGCCUCAGACCGGCUUGUUAAGAUACGUGCUGGAGCAGCCUUAUUCCAGAGAUAUGGUGUGCAACAUGUUAGGUCUCAACAAGCAGACCUUGAACAUUGCUCAGCACAAGCAGCGCUGCCCCGUGCUGGAGGACCAGCUGGUGGACCUGGUGGUGUACGCCAUGGAGCGCUCGGAGACCGAGGAGCAGUUCGACGACGGCGGCACCAGCCAGCUGCUCUGGCAGCACCUGUCCAGCCAGCUCAUCUUCUUUGUGCUUUUCCAGUUCGCCAGCUUCCCUCACAUGGUCCUCUCCCUUCACCAAAAGCUGGCUGGACGGGGUCUCAUUAAGGGAAGGGAUCACCUGAUGUGGGUUCUUCUGCAAUUUAUAUCUGGCAGCAUCCAGAAGAAUGCUCUUGCUGACUUCCUUCCUGUUAUGAAGCUCUUUGAUCUUUUGUACCCAGAGAAAGAGUGUAUCCCGGUUCCUGACAUUAACAAGCCCCAGUCCACACAUGCCUUCGCCAUGACCUGCAUCUGGAUCCACCUCAACAGGAAGGCUCAGAAUGACAACUCCAAGCUCCAGAUACCAAUCCCUCACUCUCUGAAGCUCCACCAUGAGUUCUUGCAGCAGAGUUUGCGAAAUAAGAGUCUCCAGAUGUCGGACUACAAGAUCGCGCUCCUGUGCAACGCUUAUUCCACCAACUCCGAGUGCUUCACGCUGCCGAUGGGGGUGCUGGUGGAAACCAUCUAUGGGAAUGGAAACAUGAGGAUCACCCUUCCUGGGACCAACUGCAUGGCUUCGGGCUCUGUCACCCCACUGCCGAUGAACCUGCUGGACUCACUCACUGUUCACGCUAAAAUGAGCCUCAUUCACAGCAUAGCCACAAGAGUGAUCAAACUUGCCCACGCCAAAUCAAGUCUAGCUCUGGCUCCUGCACUGGUGGAGACCUAUAGCCGCCUGCUGGUCUACAUGGAAAUCGAAUCUCUGGGAAUCAAAGGUUUUAUCAGCCAGCUGCUGCCCAAUGUGUUCAAGUCCCACGCCUGGGGGAUCCUGCACACGCUGCUGGAGAUGUUCAGCUAUCGGAUGCACCACAUCCAGCCCCACUACAGGGUGCAGCUGCUCAGCCACCUGCACUCCCUGGCAGCUGUGCCCCAGACCAACCAGAACCAGCUGCACCUGUGUGUGGAGAGCACAGCUUUGAGGUUAAUCACAGCCCUUGGAAGUUCUGAAGUCCAGCCCCAGUUUACACGCUUCCUCAACGACCCCAAAACUGUUCUCUCUGCCGAGUCUGAGGAGCUCAACAGGGCUCUUAUUCUGACUUUGGCCAGAGCGACACAUGUUACAGAUUUCUUUACUGGCUCGGACUCGAUUCAAGGCACAUGGUGCAAAGACAUCCUGCAGACGAUAAUGAGCUUCACCCCACACAACUGGGCUUCUCACACCCUGAGUUGCUUCCCAGCUCCAUUGCAGGCAUUUUUCAGACAGAACAACGUGCCACAGGAGAGCAGGUUCAACCUGAAGAAGAAUGUGGAGGAGGAGUACAGGAAGUGGAAGUCAAUGACCAAUGAGAAUGACAUCAUCACCCAUUUCUCCAUGCAGGGCUCACCGCCUCUGUUCCUCUGUCUGUUGUGGAAGAUGCUUUUAGAGACAGACCACAUUAACCAGAUUGGUUUCAGGGUCCUGGAGCGGAUCGGAGCCAGGGCUCUGGUGGCGCACGUCAGGACGUUCGCCGACUUCCUCGUGUACGAGUUCUCUACCUCCGCGGGAGGCCAGCAGCUGAACAAAUGUAUCGAGAUCCUCAACGACAUGGUGUGGAAGUACAACAUCGUCACUUUAGACCGGCUCAUUUUGUGUUUGGCCAUGAGAAGCCAUGAAGGUAACGAGGCCCAGGUCUGCUACUUCAUCAUUCAGCUGCUGUUGCUGAAGCCCAACGACUUCAGGAACCGAGUGAGCGACUUCGUGAAGGAGAACGCCCCAGAACACUGGCUGCAGAGUGACUGGCACACCAAGCACAUGAACUAUCACAAGAAGUACCCCGAGAAGUUGUACUUCGAAGGCCUGGCAGAGCAGGUGAAUCCACCUGUACAGCUGACACCCCAGUACCUCCCCAUCUACUUUGGGAACGUCUGUCUGCGAUUCCUGCCUGUGUUUGACAUCGUCAUACACCGGUUCCUGGAGCUCCUGCCCGUGUCCAAGUCUUUGGAGACCCUUUUGGAUCACCUGGGAGGCCUGUACAAAUUUCACGAUCGCCCCGUGACGUACCUCUACAACACCCUUCACUACUACGAGAGGCACCUCCGCGACCGGCCGCACCUGAAGCGCAAGCUGGUUCACGCCAUCAUCAGCUCCCUGAAGGAGAACCGAACGCCGGGCUGGUGCCUCAGCGAGACCUACCUGAAGUGCGCCAUGAACGCGCGCGAGGACAGUCCGUGGGUCCCCGACGACACUUACUACUGCAAGCUGAUUGGCCGAUUGGUGGACACUAUGGCUGGCAAGUCCCCCGGCCCCUUCCCGAACUGCGACUGGAGGUUCAACGAGUUCCCGAACCCGGCGGCGCACGCCCUGCACGUCACCUGCGUGGAGCUGAUGGCCCUGGCGGUCCCAGGGAGGGAUGUGGGCAACUCCCUCCUCAACGUGGUGCUGAAGAGCCAGCCACUCGUGCCAAGGGAGAACAUUACUGCCUGGAUGAACGCCAUUGGGCUCGUAAUCACGGCCUUGCCUGAGCCCUACUGGGUGGUUCUGCACGAUCGCAUCGUGAGCGUGAUCAGCAGCCCCACGCUCACCUCCGAGACCGAGUGGGUCGGGGAGCCCUUCCAGCUGUUCGACUUCACGGCCUGCCACCAGUCCUACUCGGAGAUGUACUGCAGCUACGUCCUGGCGCUGGCCCACGCCGUGUGGCACCACUCCAGCAUCGGGCAGCUGUCGCUCAUCCCCAAGUACUGUCUGUGUCUCUGUCUGUGUCUCUGUCUCUGUCUUCCUUUUUCUCUUGAUUUUUUGUUUUAUUUCUUCAUUUCAAGGCCCAGUUUUAUUGGGGUGGCAUUCUACGAGAUGCUCCAAACAGUCGACCAGUACAGCAAGCAUCUCUUUUACAUGGAUCCUGUGUGUGACUUCCUGUACCACGUCAAGUACAUGUUUACGGGAGACAGCGUGAAGGACCAAGUAAGCAGAUGACGUUUUACAUCAAAUAAAAACUGUAAAAGCUGAUUAAUGUCUGAAUUAAAUUAGUAUUUUUCUGUCACAGAUGACCUUUUCCUUGUAUAUCUGCAACCAUAUACCGGACUGCCUGUUCUGUGUCGCCCAGUUCAUGAGUUGUUGC